CUGAGACACACGCCACGAACAAGUCAGGCAGCCGCUAGAAGGAGAGGAGGGCCAGUUUCUUGCAAAGGCAGCAGGGCCCACACGCCAGCCAGCAGGAGGCAGGGAGUGGAAGAACCCCUCGCAGAAGCCUUAGGUAGGGGGUGCGAGAGAACGGGGGGACACGUUUCCAGCAAGUCACACACCCAAGGACUUUGUUCCUCCAGACUUCCCUUCCUUUCUCCGCGGAUUAUUUAAACCCAGGAAUGAAGAGGCUGGAUGGAAGGAGCCGCGACCUCUGCAAGAAGAUGAGCUUCUGAUCACCAAUCAGCUUCAGCCCUGAGCAAUAGCAGCAAGAGGACCAGGAGGAGUCCGGCGGCGGCACGUCCAAGCAUAGACAGACCCACGCCCUGCACUCAGGCGGGCAAGUCCUGCUUGAAGGCUCCAGCCCAGACGGGCGCAGCAGGCACUGCCAGCCUCCAGCCCCGCGGGCUCCAGAAAGGUGCCUGCUGCUUGUGAGCGCUACCUGACGAACGGGGGCGGAGGGCGUAUUCGAGAGACUAGAAGCGCCUUCGCACGCCUGGGGGAGGAGGGCAGGUUGUGGACGUCGCCUUUCCUCGGGGAGCAGCAGGCGUCGGGAUCAGGCGGGGGGAGAAAAGCGAGUCCGUCCUCAAGCUGGGGUGCUGCCUCUUGCUGCCAGCAGGGGCGGGCGCCUCCCUCCCCUUGGCUAGUGCCUCUUUAAGGCAGACCGGACAUCUCCUCCUGUACAAGCCGCCCCAGCCCUUCUGCCGUCCAGGCGCACCCCACGCGGCUCUCCGUCGCCCACCAACGCGAGGGCUGCCCCGCCGCUGCCGCCACCUCUCCCUUGGCUGCGGCGCGCUCAGAGCCCGAGGUGGUGGGGGAGAGAGAGGUCAGCCACCCCCCGGCGCGCUGCUGCUUCUGCAGUCAGGCAGGACCCCAUGCGGGCGCCGGGCCGCAAGAGCAGCAGCAGCGCCCCCUGCAGCCGGCCCCGCUCCCUGCCAGUGCCCCGCCGUCGGGCCGGCGGCCACAGCUCCCUUUCUCCACCGCCUCGGAAGCCUCCUCCCGUCCCGAAGUGGCUCCGCCGUGGUGGCGGUGCGGCGGCGGCGGCAGGGGCUGCAACAGCUCUUCCUCUGCCAGCCGGGUUGAUCCUGAGAGCGGCGCUGGAAGUCCGGCUCUUGCGCCAAUAGCCGCCGCGACUUCUACGGCUCCUCCUCCUGCUGCUGCUGCGGCUGCUGCUCAGUUGCCGCCGCCGCCGCCGCCGCCGCGGAGCCCUAAAGCCGCCCGCUGCAAGAGGAUGGUGCGCCUGGCGGCCGAGCUGCUACUGCUGCUGGGACUCCUCCUGCUUACCUUGCACAUCACCGUGCUGCGGAGCAGCGAGCCCGACGCGACGCCGGGCAACCACAGCCAGCAGGACACCCUCCAUACAGACAUUCUUUCCUCUCCCGAAGCCAGCUUCACUCUAAACCCAGAGGAUAGACGGGACUAUCCUGACCACCAACCAGCACACAAACCAUUUGCCAAACAACGAUUCAGGCAGGAGAACGGGCAUACAUCUUUGCAAAGAGAUGGGCCCAGGUCUUUCCUUCUGGAUCUUCCAAACUUUCCUGACCUCUCAAAAGCAGACAUUAACGGGCAAAAUCCCAAUAUCCAGGUUACUAUAGAAGUUGUUGAUGGACCAGACUCUGAGCCAGAGAAGGACCUUCAAAAGGAAAGUAGCAAGCCCAGCUGGCCUGUCCCGUCCCCUGACUGGAGGAACUGGUGGCAGAGAUCAGCACCCACUGUCACCCGCAUGAGUAGUGGUGACCAGGAUUACAAGUAUGAUAGCACAACUGAAGACAGCAACUUCCUAAACCCCCUUGGUGGGUGGGACAGACACGCACCUAGUCACCGAACAUUUGAGUCAAAGGAAAAGCCCGAUUAUGAUUAUAUAGAUGGUGAGGGAGACUGGAGCCAUUGGUCCAUGUGUAGUGUAACCUGUGGAAGUGGCAAUCAGAAGCGCACCAGAUCCUGCGGAUAUGCCUGUACAGCGACUGAAUCAAGGACAUGUGAUAGGCCAAACUGUCCAGGGAUUGAAGACACCUUCAGGACAGCAGCCACAGAAGUGAGUUUGCUUGCAGGAAGUGAAGAAUUCAAUGCCACCAAGCUAUUUGAAGUUGAUACCGACAGCUGUGAAAGGUGGAUGAGCUGCAAAAGUGAGUUCUUGAAGAAGUACAUGCACAAAGUGGUCAAUGACCUUCCUGCUUGUCCUUGUGUGUACCCCACAGAAGUUGCCUACAGCACUGCUGAUAUCUAUGACCGGAUUAAGAGGAAGAACUUUCGCUGGAAAGACGCAAGUGGGCCAAAGGAAAAACUGGAGAUCUAUAAGCCUACUGCUCGCUAUUGUAUCCGGUCCAUGCUAUCUUUGGAGAGUACCACAUUAGCAGCACAACACUGCUGCUAUGAUGACAGUAUGCAGCUCAUUACAAGAGGCAAAGGAGCGGGCACCCCCAACCUGAUCAGUAUAGAAUUUUCAGCAGAACUUCAUUACAAAGUGGACAUUUUACCCUGGAUCAUUUGCAAAGGGGACUGGAGCAGAUAUAAUGAAGCCCGGCCACCCAACAAUGGUCAGAAGUGCACAGAGAACCCUUCAGAGGAGGACUAUUACAAACAAUUUCAGGAAGCAAGGGAGUACUGAAAAGAGGAGCCAACCUUUUUCAAAGACUACAGAACAUGGGUAGCUGGUCCGUGUGACAUAAAAUCAAAUAAGCUCUUGGAGUUAACCUGUUUUUCUAGUAAUUGUAUAUAGUUGUAUAGAAUACAAUUUUCAGAUGUCUGUUAUUUAUAUAUACAUAUACAUUCAGGCCUCUUUGCAGAUAGAUAUAAAGUUGCCUUAAUAGACAUGUUAUAUGGUAAUAAUAUGCAUUCUGCAUCAGCAGAAUGAUACAUUCAGCAUUGGAUGGAAUUAACCCUGCACACAAGUUGGGCUUUGAUUUGUGUCAAGACCAUGUUUUGUGGUGGACCUUCUGCCAGAAAAGAUCAUAUUGUCUGAAGUGUGUCUUUGAUACACAUAAAGACUCUUACUCUACAAAGCACAUAAGCAUGUCUGAGAUACUGCUUCUAAAUCCAAGCCAAGGAGUGAAGGUAGAAUGUUAUGAAACAAUUUCUAUAAUAAAUUAUUUAAUACAAAUGCAGGUGUUAACCAUAAUUUCUUUAGAGAUAUAUUAAUAAAAAUAUUUAGACAUAUUUAAGAUAAGAAGAAUAAUGCAAGUGGCAAGGGAGUAAUUAUUUGACAUGAAGAAAGAAACUGGCAAAUGUAAUAAACAAACCCCAACUAUGCUCUCUCCAUUCCCUUCCUGAGUUCUUGCCUUGCAGUUCAUCCUGGCAUAGGGCCAGUUGCAGAAAGCUCUUAAUAGUUCUAGGGAGAUGGACAGAAAUAAGGCUUUGGGGGAAUGGUUUAUUUUUGUGCCACCACCCAAAAAAUAAGAGAUCUUCUCAUGACCAUUUUGAUGUUCUCCAAGGGCCUCCAUAUGCAUUAUAAUUUAAUACCCCUAAAAGUUUUAAGUGUCAACACAACAAACACACUCCAUACUGGCAAACUUGUCUGGAAACUUUUACUGGCUGCAUCCUGCUCUGGCAUGGAUGCUUGCUGGCUAACCUUGGCUUACUCUGUGUAAUGUGUGAAAGGGUCUGAUUCCUAGGUGAUCAGCAACUUUGUUGCAGAACUGUGCAUAAAGCAAAAAAUAUGGGCAAUAUCUUCAGAGUUGAGUUUGAAGAAGAAUAAACAUGGAUCAGAUUAGGUGGUGUACACCACUUCUUACUCUGAAGGAAUGUGCUGUAAAGAUUUUCUUUUAAGGAAAAGUGUCCCUAUUACUGCUUAUUCCUCCCAUUGAGCCUAUAUAUACCAAAUAAAUGCACUCAGUAUUAUUCAAAAUAUACUGUAAUCUGUUCCUUAAAAUUUAUCAGAGAAGGAAUUGGGACUUAAAAUUAUUUUAUCUGCAUUAUUUUUAUAGUAUAUUUAUUAAUCUGUAGUUAUCAUGAACCUGGAAAGUUAAACACAUGGAAAGAGACUGUUUUCUGAAAGGCACAAACAUAUUCCAUAGAAAACUGCUGAAUAAACCCAAAACAAGCUUAUAAAUAAAGUCAUGCUGAAACAUUGGAUAA